AGAGUGGCGGUGUUGUGUUGUGUGUUUGCUGUGUGUUUAUGUAGGUCACCAAUCACAUAUAUCACUUACACCAGCUCCGGAUGGAAACCGGUGUUUAAAGCAGGGGAAAUUAACUCUACGAAACAUUAACAAGGAAUGUCUUGGAAUAAGUAUGUUGUCAGUGAAAAUGUCCCGGAGCCUGAAGCCACGCCCCUCACAGCGACCCUCGGCCCAGAAGACAAGCAGUCGGAGGCUGACUCUACAGGGUACGAGGCCGUGACGGUGUGUGUGCCAGCCGAGAUGCCACCGGUGGUGCCCGUGACGGGCGAGUCGUUCUGCCAGUGUCCGGCUCAGACUGAACUCAGCUCAGAUGUCCAGAUUAGCCCGUACACACUCAGCUGCACCUGUGGAGAGGAAGAACAGGGAUGUGAUUGGGUUUGGGACGAGGAGGGCAGAUCUUCCUCCGUGUCUCUGAGCCGCUGUAAGCGGACGGUGAGCUUCCACUCGGAGUACAGCUGUGGAACCGCCGGCAUCAGGGGCGCAAAGACUCUCGCUGACGGGCAACACUUCUGGGAGAUCAAGAUGACAUCUCCGGUCUACGGCACAGAUAUGAUGGUUGGUAUCGGGACAUCAGAAGUGAACCUGGAUCAGUUCAAGCAUAGUUUCUGCAGUCUGUUGGGCACUGAUGAGGACAGCUGGGGUCUGUCCUACACAGGUCAGCUCCAUCAUAAGGGGUCAAAGGUGAAUUUUUCGUCACGGUUCGGUCAAGGAUCCAUUAUCGGGGUUCAUCUGGACAGCUGGCACGGCACCCUGAGCUUCUACAAGAACCGUCGCUGCAUCGGCAUAGCUGCUACUCACUUGCAAAAUAAGCGCCUGUAUCCGAUGGUGUGUUCGACUGCAGCCAAGAGCAGCAUGAAACUGAUCCGUUCGCAUUCUGCCGCCACCACAUUACAGUACCUGUGUUGUACACAGCUGCGCAAAAUACUGCCGAACUGCGCAGACGCUCUGCGUGUGCUUCCACUCCCGCCGGGUCUGCGUCUGCUGCUGUCUAACCAGCUGGGGUGGGUGCUGACCCUCGGAUCCGCAGACGACAGCGAGGACAAAGCCACACAAACAGAGGACGGCAGCUUUGCCAAAUACACAAGCCCCUUUCCCUCCCACAAUCCCUCUGACGCUGAACUUGUCUUUAUUUCUAGUUCCUUCUCUGAUAACCCUGGUUCUUACUGCAGUAAAGAUGACCCUCUUGAUUCUGCCUCCUGCCUUGAAGCUUCGACAUAUCCUGACUCUACUUCAUGUCCAGAUGAUGCACAUUAUCAAAACUUAGUCUCGAUAAUGGACGUCACCUGUUCCCUCGAUCCCUCCUCACUUUCUGACCUCUCCGCCCCCACAUCUGACCACAGCUCCCUUCCUAACCCUAUAUGUCAGCAUAUUUCUGCUGCCUGUGCUUGUUGUGACCCGCUACUGUCUGUUUCCGGCGAGGGCCGUGAGGUAAAUGACGUCAGUUCUGCGUAUAAACCGGAACACGCCGGUUCCUGCGUUCUCAGCCCCGCCUACACUCCAACAGGCCACACCUCCCUUUGGCCCGACUCCGCCUCUGAGAGUGACUCGGACGACUUCUCCUCGGAUCUCGAGACUUACAAGAGGAAACGCUGUCGCUUGACGUGAGACACUGACGUUUUACAUGUAAAUUUAGGGAGAGUUCAUCGUUUACUCGCGUUCAUGUUAUCCAAACUCGUACGAUUUAUGAGUACGAGUAAGCCUGCAUGAUUAGUUGAAAUAAAACCCAGUUCACAAUA